CAGUUCCCGACAGUUGCCGAGUUCCACCGAGUGAUGCGGAUCAGCUGACUGCGAGCCGUCGUCCUUCCAUGGGAACAUUUGUCCGAUUAUUGAAUCAGAAAUAAGAUCAGCUUCUGAUUGAUCGAUAACUGUGAUCAGGAUGCCGUCGCUUCUGUUCUGCGGGCCGAAGAUGGCCGCCUGCGGGAUAGUGAUCAGCAUCUGGGGGGUCAUAAUGCUGGCCAUGUUGGGAAUCUUCUUCAGCGCCAAGUCGGCCGUGUUGAUCGAGGACGUCCCGUUCACCGAGGAAGACAUCCGUAACGAGUGAGUCGCUAUGAACAGGAUGAUCAAUG